GGCCAGAUGGUCAUGUGACUAGAUAUGAUCUGGAUUGGCUGGUGAAAAAUAGCUAUGAAAGGCAGAAACAGAAGGUUAUCCAACCUAGAAUUUUAUGGAACGCUAACCUCUACAAGCAAGCCCAAGUUCCAUCUGUUGAUUUCAAGAGUUUGUUAGAAACAAAUGAUGAACUGAAGAAGUUUCUACAGAAUUUUCUGCUAUAUGGAAUUGCAUUUGUAGAAAAUGUCCCUCCUACUCAAGAGCAUACAGAGAAAUUGGCAGAAAGGAUCAGUUUAAUCAGAGAAACCAUCUAUGGAAGGAUGUGGUAUUUUACUUCAGAUUUUUCCAGAGGUGACACUGCAUACACCAAGUUAGCUCUAGAUCGGCACACUGACACUACCUACUUCCAAGAGCCCUGUGGCAUUCAAGUAUUCCAUUGUCUUAAGCAUGAAGGAACAGGUGGCAGGACACUGUUAGUGGAUGGAUUCUAUGCAGCACAACAAGUACUUCAAAAAGCACCUGAGGAAUUUGAACUCCUCUGCAAAGUGCCAUUAAAGCAUGAAUAUAUUGAAAAUGUUGGAGAAUGUCAUAACCACAUGAUUGGGGUUGGGCCAGUCCUAAAUAUCUACCCAUGGAGUAAAGAGCUGUAUUUGAUCAGGUACAACAACUAUGAUCGAGCUGUCAUCAACACUGUGCCUUAUGAUGUUGUCCAUCGUUGGUAUACAGCACAUCGAACCCUAACAACUGAAUUGAGAAGGCCUGAGAAUGAGCUUUGGGUCAAACUGAAGCCUGGAAAAGUACUAUUUAUAGACAAUUGGCGAGUCCUUCAUGGAAGGGAAUCUUUCACUGGAUACCGCCAACUCUGUGGCUGCUAUUUAACAAGAGAUGAUGUAUUGAACACUGCUCGUCUCUUGGGGCUUCAUGCUUAAAAUUGAAAGCACUGGGAUUAUGAGAAUACUUGGCACCCUACCACCAGAAUUUUGUAUCAACAGAACAAUAUUAUGCCAAAUUUUUUUUCAUUUUGUCUCCUUCCAAUUCAAAAAAAAAAAAAAAACAGAAGCUUUUCCUUAUUUUACUAGGAAAAAACUGUUAAAGAAAGUGGGCUUCUGCCCUAGUCCCUACUUCACAGGACCUGUCACAUCUACAUGA